AUGGAUUUAAAUGUGCCCAAUGGCAAUGUACAUUAUCGUGGACUGCAUCAUCAGCAUGAUGAAGUACGUCUGAUUGACUAUGCACGUUUAUGUGAACAUUUAUCUUCGCGUAAAAUAAUUCUUCUUCAAUUAUUUCGCACUAUUCUACGUCGUCUAAAUCAACGAUAUUUACCUUUGAAAGAAGAAGAAACAACACGAAGUACAUCACCUGAAUUUACUUAUAUAGAAGAUGUUCUUCUUCCAUCAUUAUUAUUAUUUCUCACACGAAAUUUUGAAUGGGAAUUACCAAAUCUUGUUCAACAUUUAGUAAAAAUUUAUCCGGAUAAUGAUAUUGUUACUGAAUAUUCUCAAAGUAUUGCUAAACUAGCACAGGCAACCUUAGUUGAUAUAAUUGAUUUAUUUCAUGAUUUAUCAAAAUUUAUUCAAAAACGUGGUGAAUCAAAUUUUACCAAUAAUGAAAAUCAACUAGGUCAUCAAUCAGAUAAAAUUUAUUAUACUAUUAAAGGAUGGAGCCUUGUUGGUCUGUUUCUACGUCGUCAUAUUUGUUCAUUUGAAAUGUUAUCAACACCAAACUUAGAACAACUUGUUAAUGAUGUUAGUCGAUAUGUUGAUUCAUAUCUUCGAUCAUCAAUAUUUAAAUGUCCAUUACCACCAAAAGAUGAUAGAAUGAUUACUGAAUCUGAAUUAACAAAUGAAAUUAAAAAAAAUAUUUCAAUUAAAGAAUUACGAAUUCAAACGAAACAAUACUCAUCAUUAGAAAUGACAAUACCUGUGUCGAUUAAACAAGCUGAAUAUAUGUUAACAAAACUUGCCUUACGUUUGGAUGCUGGAAUAUUAGUUGAUGAUUAUGAAUUAGAAAUUCUUCGAUCAAUUGAAAAAAUUUAUCCACAAUUAGCUGAAGUUCCAUUUGUUCAUUAUCUUCAAGCACGUUCAAAAAAUAAUUAUUCUCAAGCUAAUUAUUAUUUACAUCAUUAUUUUGAUAAACAAAAUGGUUUUCAAUUAACAUCGGAUAUUGGUGCAUUACAUAUGUCAACACUCUUAUCACAUUAUAAUUUCAAGAUUGAUGCGAAAAAUGCACUUAAUGAUGGAAUGUCAAUGUCUUUAUUACGAUCAGAAAAAGAUAUAAUGCCAUUAUGUGUAGAUCAAUUAAUUGCUUCAACAUUAAGUGCUUCACAAAAAGUUGAUAAUCUUUUAUUACUCGAUAAUCGAUAUCUCAAACAACUUGAUAAUCCAUCCGUUGGAUUAUUAACUACGGAUGAUUGUGUAUGUGUCGAAAGUUGGCCAUCAGUACAAUUAAUGAGUCGAGGAAAUCUUCCAGCUGUAUUACAACGAAUUGAUAUUGAUUUUGAACGAACUGAUGUUAAAUCACGUUUUAAUUGGAUUAAUCGUGCUGCUAUACAUUAUUUAAAUAAAACAGCUUUUUGGAAUUUAGCACAAUACAAUGAUUUUGUUUUACUUUAUUCUUCAAUGGUUCUUGAUAAUAGUGAACAUUUACAUCUUCGUCAUACAGAUUAUUAUGCUUUAGCAUGCUCAUAUCUAUCAAUGGCUAUACUAAAUCAAGGACAAUAUAAUCUUGCUAGUCAAAUGUUAAAUAAAAGUAUUGAUUUAGUACAAUUAUCAACAAAUGCACAUAAUUUAAUUGAUAUGGCUCGAGCAGAUGUUCAAUUUAUACUUCAAUGUCGACGAAACGAAUGGGAUAGAGCAUUAAUUACAGCUAAAACAUUUUCAAAUUAUUCACAAAUUGAAUAUGAAAUACGUCGAGCAAUAUGUUUACAUAAUUUAAAUGAACUUGAUGAUAGUCAACGAGAUCCAAUAGAAUUACAAAAAUUAUUAAAUCAAGAAAAAGUAUCUGAUGUUAUAUCAAGAAUAAAACUUUUAUUAUUAUUAACUGACAAUUGUGCAAAAAAAAAUGAUCUUGUACCAAGUCUUGGAUUUCUUGAAGAAUGUAAACAAUUAUGUAUUAAAUAUAAUCUUCAACAUUACUUAAUUCUUUGUCGUUUAUAUGAAGUACAAUUAAAUAAAUCAAAUUUCACAACAUCACAAGAAUCUAUACGAAUACUUAAUUAUUGUCUUACUGAACUUUUAAAAUAUGGUGAUCGAUAUAAUGUUGGUCGAUGUGCAUUAUUACUUGGUCGAUUGUAUCUAUUAGAAAUGGCUGAAGAUCGAGCAUAUCCUAAUUAUCUAUCUGAAGCGGAACAUUUGCUGCUUAUGGCCAAAGAUAUAUUUACUUGUUUUCAUGAAACUCUUUAUUUAAAAUUAACUUAUCUUUAUCUAGUAUUUACAUAUCAUGAUUCGACACAAGUCGAAAAACGAAAACAAAUGGCUAAAUUAUACAAGCAAAUAGAUAUUAAAUUAGACAUUAAACCUAUUGUAAUUUAA